AUGGCGAUUUUCAAAGACGAACAGCAGAAGUAUGUCAGCAGUGAGGAUGCAGGGGCUGCUGCUAGCGGCAUCAACGUCUGUGCAACCUAUGACAUCAUAAAUGCUGAGUGGAAGCUUAUCACCAAUCAGUUUAAGGAAGCAGCACGCGGUUUGGAUUUGGGAGAGCUUGUUCGCGAUAAUACAUUCUCACUGUAUGAAGGAAUGUCGGCAGUAGAGUUGAUGGAUCCAAAGAUGGAUCCAGGUAUGCUUCACAAACGGUCGAAAUGCCUGGGCUUUGAUGGUGCCGUCAAAUGUGGCAGGUUGAAAUUGAAGAACAUUCCGUGUGAAGAGCUUGUGUCGAUCAUGGAUGCAAUGCUAGCCUCUUUUGUAACUUGGCUUGAAGGUCAUUCCACCGUGCUGACGAUAUUCACUAAUCUGUAUUUGCAUAAGCCACAUUUGAUCGAAGAUCGAAACAUGAAAGCUUUCUGUCUGCUGUUUUACAAAGUCGUCAAUUUGUGCUGCGAUAUUGUUCGUAGGGCCGAUGUUUUUGAAGAGGUGAGCUGUGGGUUAGUUUAUACGAUUUUCAAGUCUUCAGAAGCAGUUUAUUCUCCGACACGAAAAUUUUAGUC